AAGCCCUAGCCAUGUCAGACACUGACAGAAUAAUCAUCGAAUUCGAAAAGCCUGGCUUAAAGGCCCAUGGCAUUUUCAAGAAAGGCAGGAAAGGCCUCAGAAACCUGAAGCCCUUAAUCGUUCUCAUUCACGGUGGAGGAUGCAACGCUUCAUAUUUCGACAACGACUUCCACUCUGUGCCAAAAGCUUUCAAUGAAUCAGGCUUUAAUGUCUUGAGCAUCAACCGGGUCGGGUACGCUCACAAUCCACUGCCGCAAUCGGCCUCGCCGGUUCUGGAUUCGAUUCCUCUGUACUCCGCUCUCAUCAAGAAGUCCUAUGAAGAGCACUCAAAUGGCAAAAAUGGAAUCGUUCUUGUCGGUCAUUCUCUUGGUGCUGUAACUUCGCUUUCGAUUGCUGCGUUCGAAGGCGAGAAGCUUCCCCUGCUCGGAGUCAGCGCGUUAGGCAUCAUUCCUACCAAAGAUCACCCCGCUGGGCUAGUUGACAUGUUGAAAGCGGAUCCCGAAAACCCACGGUUUAUUGUUGAGGCUUCGCCUGAAGCGAUCGAGGCAUUUAUGGGACCGCCUUCGGUCAUUGACUCAUCAAUCCUGGUGCAUCCAACGAUGCCGUUGAUUUUUGAACCUGGUCUCAAAUCCGAAUUGCUUGAAUGGUGGGACUUGUCUUGGUACAAUCGUUUUGUGAAUGAGGUCGCACCUGGAGUUCGAGUUCCUCUUCAGUUUCUAGCAGCGGAAUAUGAACUCGGGUGGAAAGGUAUUAAAGAUGGUCAGCCUAUUUUCGAUCACGCUGCGGGAUUGUUUACCAACACCCCCAAACUUGAUGCGAGAUUGCUUCCUGGCGGAGGACACAACUUCGAGUUCAGCAGAAACGCCUCCCUUUUACAAAAAGCUCGUGAGGAGUUUGUCAAUGGCUUAAUCUCUUCCUCUCCGAAAACCGCCCACGACCCCGAUGCCUUCAGUGAGAUCCCUCUGUUGGACUUCGCUCUUGCCAAUGAUAUUGCAACAAAACCAAAGUUCCUGGAGUCUCUCAGAAGAGCAAUUGUCAAUGUCGGCUUUCUCUAUAUCAAGAACCCACCAGUCUCUAUCGCCACCCAGGAGACUUUGAUCAAGAAAGGAAUCGAACUUUUUGAUUUGCCCUUGGAGGAGAAGUUGAAGAUCGAAAUGGCGAACAGCAAGCAUUUUUUAGGAUAUGCCAGGCUCGGAACAGAGAUCACUGCCAUGAAGCCAGAUUAUCGAGAGCAGUUUGAUUUCGCAACAGAAGUCCCAGCGCCUAGACCAGACGAACCUGUCUGGCAAAAUUUGCGAGGCCCGAAUCAGUGGCCUGAUGAAUCCGUCAUUCCAGGAUUCAGAGUUGCGGUGGAAAACUAUAUGAACGAGAUUCAGAAUCUGGCUUUAUCUUUCAGCCGUCUCAUUGCCGAAGCGCUCGACAUGGAUCCGAACUCUUUUGACAAAUUCUUCGAUAUCCCACAGCACAAUAAGCUAAAGCUGGUAAAAUACCCAGCACCUCCAUCAGAUGCAGAGAACCCUGAAGGGGGCGUCCAAGGAGUUGGUCCACAUAAAGACGGCUCCUUCCUCACCUUUUUAUUGCAACUCGCACCUCACACUGGGCUAGAAAUCCAAAACAAGAGCGGAAACUGGAUCAAAGCUCCACCAAUACCUGGUACAUUGGUCAUAAACAUAGGACGUUCCCUCCAAGCUCUCACCAAAGGAGUGUGCACUGCCACAACACACCGGGUAAACCUUUCACCAGAGAAUUACAUCUCUGAAGAUGGAACACCUCUUGGCCCGCGAUACUCAUUCCCGGUAUUUCAAGGAGUCAAAACGGACGGUAAGGAUAACUCGCUGGAGAUCCCACAGCAUAUCAAAUACUUGGUAAAGGAUGAGAAGGUGAGGAGCGAGGCAGAAGCUACAUUUGAUAAAAUGUUUAAUGGAGGGGAGAGUGUUAGGGAGGCGAUCUUUAUAUCUAGAAUCACGAGCCACCAGGAUGUCGGCGCGAGAUGGUAUCCUGAUUUGCUUGCCAAAGCGUUGAAGGAACAGGGUAAAUUUAAGGCUGGAGCCUGAACGGAAAUGACUUGGCAUUGACAUUGUGUAGCCCAAAAAGGAAUUACGUAGCUCCUGCACCUGGACGCCAUCAAAACUCCAGGGACUAGCUUGACGCCGACUUUUCUGUCUUUUUAUUUGAUAUUGAUCAAUCAUCGCCAAUCUUU